AUGACUGGCCGAAAUGACUCCACCAAAGCUGCAGAGAUAAGCCAAAGGCAGAAAAAUAAUGGAAGAGUAGAGGAGGGGCAUAAGAUGGUAUGCGUUCAGCUCCUCGCUCUCCUGUUCAUAGUAAUAAAUACCAAGUGCGUAGUUUCUGUGAGAACACACACUUUUGGGAGCAGGUUAGGGAUACAACACAAGAACAACGACUUCCUCCAUGGUGGGGACCGUGACCAAGGGAGACGAAGGGAAGUCCCCACGUUUGUCAAUGUGACUUAUAAAAAGAGUUUGAAGCACCCCAGUCGGUGCAUCUUUGAUCGGUUGCGGAACCCUUUUAAGUGCUUAUCACCCCUAGGGGGCAGUUUCCAAAGUGUACAGGUGAGCAGGAAAGAAAGGAAGGGGGACGCCUCCCAAUUAGAAAAUUUGAGCAUCACACAUAGCAGUUCCGUAGGUGUGCUCCAGGAUGAAGGGAAAAAGGUAGUCAGAAAAAAGAGAGAUAUUUUAUCCAACGGAUUUAAGGAGCGCACACAGGAGAGUCAUAUGCUGGAUGCAGGAAGUGAUGCAGUUAGAGGUGGUUCGAAGAAGGAUCAAAUUAAACAUGAUAGAGAAACAGAAAUUGGUCAAGGGAAGAGCCCCAGGCGGGAAGAGGGGGGAAACAAGGGAAUGAGUCAGACACACGGAAGGGUAGGAAGUCUGGUCGGUAGGAACAGAGGUCUCUAUCGGAAGAAGGGACCCCCCCAGGGUGUCGUGGAUAUACAGAACACGAAUGUGCGGAGCUUUCUGCAGGGCGGUGAAGAGAGCGGAUCGCUGCACCUGUUGAACUACAUCUACCAUUCGUGGAAGGAGAAGAACUUCGCCAACUUCGUCACGGCGAUAAAAGACGAAAAGUUUGAUCACACAUGUGUAGAAAAAUGGCUACAUAAAAUGUCCAUGAGUCUAAAUAAAAAAUACAUAAAAAUACAGCUGAGGAGAGACUACGUGUUGAUAAAAAAUAAAUAUUUUGAUCCGAGUCAAACGAGAGUGAAAGAAUUUCAUCUGACUUAUGAAGACAUUAACAAAUGUUUGGAAAUUUUAAUAAAAAAUAUGGAUAAAUUUUGUUCAUACGAAAUGUCUUCUAUUCUUUGGGCCAUCAGUAUUAUUCUGAUAAAGCUGUUCAAAAGCUCCAGUAGUGUGGAUACCAGUGCCUUCAUGGCUUACUCCGAAAUUCACUCUGUGACAAGUACGCUGUUGCGUAAUUUUAUGAAAUUUUUUUCUCUUAUUGUUUUUCAUUUGAACAAGGUGAAGGGGUACUUGUCUAUUGACGAGUCUCUGUGGGCGAUCUGGAGUUUGUGCAAGUUGCUGCACUUUAACGUGCUGUGCGCGGGGGGCGCCUCCUCUGCGGUGGGGAGCGCUGAAAUUGGAAGCGGUGGAAUUGGGAGUGCUGCAGUGGGUAGCGGUGGAAUUGGCAGCGCUGAAGUGGGUAGCGGCGGAAUUGGAACCGCUGAAAUUGGAAGCGCUGGAAGUGACAUCGCAGUGGGUGACUUCUCAGUGGGUGGCUUCUCCCCCGGUGGAUCCCUCCCGGGAGAGCGCCUGCGCGAAGAGCCCCCGUACAGCCCCCACCAAAUAGCCUACCUCAAAAACAAGUUCCAUUUGGCUGAAGAAAGCGUCACAAACAUCCUCGACAUAUUCAACCACAUAUACAAGCACCUCCACGAAAACUUACAAUUUCUACAGGAAAAAUAUUACAUCUACAUCCCUUUUAUCAUUUUUGAAUCUCAGACGUUGCUGUUGAGAAGUAGCGUCUUACUACUGAACAAAAUAAUGUCCAUAAUUUUGAAGAGAAAAAUUUUGCUUUCCCUUUUUAACUUCGACACGUUGAAAAGGCAGCAUAGGAGGAGGGCUCUCCAAGGGAAGCAUAAAGGAGGGGCCCUCCCAGGGCAGCAUAAAGGAGGGACCCUUCAAGGGGAACAAAAAAGAAGCACCCUCCAAGGGGAACAAAAAAGAUGCACUCUCCAAGGGGAACAAAAAAGAAGCAGCCUUCUCGUAGGAAUCCCCGAUAGGAAGAAUAGCUACUCACAAAAUGUAGACGUUUUUAAAAUUAAAACUUUGAGCAAAGUAUACAAACUGAUUAAGUGUAUUUCAAAAAUUUUUUAUCCUUUGAAGAACCCUAAUAUUCGUAAUUUAAAUUUGCACAAUAAUUAUGGGAGCUUGGAUGUGGCUCUUUUGGGAGACUUCGUGAGUGCAUGUAAUGAUGUGCUGGUGCAGUAUGUAGACUACUUGGUGUUCGUCAUUGGUCAGGACGGGGGAGAACGAUCUGUUCAGAAGGGUAGCGCGAUUCGCUUGGAUGCAGCUGUGGAGGGGGAGGACUCACUUCUUCCACCCGUGGAUCGUGUGCGUAUGGAGCAUAAGAACGAGCUGAUUUUUAUUUACAACUGCUUGAAGAGCUCGCUUGUGUCUCUGAUAAAGUUGGACCUGAAGGACAAGUACAUGUAUGAGUGGCUGAACGGGAACAUGCACCUCUUUCAGUUUGGGCGGCCUCCCGAGGGCGGCCAGAAAAGCGGUGGCGCGGCAAUGGGCAGUACCUUAAUCGGAAAUGCGGCAGUUGGAAAUGCGGCAGUUGACAAUGCGGCAGUUAGCGAUGCCCCAGUUAGCGAUGCCCCAGUUAGCGAUGCCCCAGUUAGCAACGCCCCAGUUAGCAACGCCCCAGUUAGCAACGCCCCAGUCGGUAGCGCCCUAGGUGACCGCUAUACCGACCUCUUCCAAAGCGAGGAGCUCCUGGGAGAGUCCCCCGACGAGGAGCUUCUGGAAGAAGGGGGCCCAUCACUUGUGGACAGCACCACCUUGGGGGAGGCCAACUCUGUGCAUCCCGCAUAUGGCGUACCGAAAACUGGAGAUGGUAACACCCCAAUUGGAGAAGAACCCCAAAUUGGAGAAGGAAACACUCACUUUGGAGAAGAACCCCAAAUUGGAGAUGGCGGAAGGGGCAAACUUACCCCGUUGGGCCCAACUCAACGUGUAGAUGCCAAUAGAGAUGAUGGGGACACGUUGGAAGGACCCCGUCCAAGUGGAGACGACCCGUCAGAUGGAAAAGUGAACACAAAUGAUGUAUGUCUAGAUGUACUAGCUCUGAGCAAAUUCACAAAAUUGUACAGCACCGAAAUGAAGAGGAAGCUAAUAGAAAAUGUGAAGCAAAGCAUUGCAGACUCGUUGAAGCUGUUUGAGGAUCUCUACCGGAGUAGCGACACCGAUCAGGUGCAGUACCCGACAUAUGUGUGCAUUAACGAUAUAUAUAUCAUAAAGGAAAAGAGAAUAGAAGAACUGUAUGAUGAGGAAACAAAAACUUUUUACAAAAAAAAUAAAAAUGUCAAUUUUAGAAAUAUCAUAAUGCCAAAACAGCUAGCCAUUUAUAUUAACUACAUAGGAAGAAAUAUGAAUUUAGUUGAAACGAAAAAACAGUUGGAUGAAAUUUUUUUUCUCUCCGUAAUGUAUAUAAAUACUACCAGGUUUAAUUACUGCACUUCCAAUGACAUAAUUCACUUUCUACAAGGGCUAUUAAAUUAUAACGAGUUGGAGAGGAAAGGAAUGAAUGCUUUAUCUGAACAAGUGAAUAGAAUGCUAAUACUACUGUGCACCAUUGUGGAGAACUCCUUCCUGAGGUGGAAGUCCUCAAAUAUAUGUCAGCUAAUUUAUUUGCUAACGAAAUAUAAGCAUAUACAUAGGAAUAUUUUUAAUAAAUUCGAUUGGCUGUUGAACACUAUUGAGUUCCCUCGCUAUGUGUAUCAGAGGGCUCAGAUAGACACUCCCGGGGGGGGCGAAGUUGGUUUGGGUGAUCAUCUGCGGGGGGGCAGAGCUGUUCCAUCCGAUUCUCCAGGGAAUGGCAACUGUUCGCAGUUGGAUUCCUCGGAUAGCAGCGGUGCUGAGUCCGAUUAUCCCAACAGCACCGACAUGGUGUCCAACCCCCCCGCGUGGCGCACCGAGCAAAUGAGCAAAUCAAGGCGCAUUAGCAUAAACGAGGUUAAGUAUGAUAAUCUGGGAUCGGCGCUAUGGGCCAUGACGUCUCUCAACAAACAUGUAAUAAAAAAGAAAUAUUUUCUAAAAUUCUGUUACCUUUUCUCAGUGUAUAUUUCUUUACACAUGAAAUUAUAUUUAAAUGAGAAACAUCGAGAUGGAUAUCACUCAAACCGUUUUGGUAGUACCUCGACUGAGCAAAACGUAAAAGGGAAAUCACCAAAUGAUGAUCAGUUCUUACGACAGUAUGCAAGUUAUUUUAAGUUACCAUUGGACACCAUGACGAUAAGUAUCUAUGUCAACACCUUUGCAAGGAAAAUAAAAAUUGGAUUCAAAAAUUUGUUCGAUGUUAUUAAAAAUGAUGUGAGAAUUGUGUCCAAUUUUUCUCUCAAGGAGCUUUCUUAUAUCAUGUACUCUCUGGCCAAUGUGGAUAGCAAUGCCUUGGGGGACAGUGUGUUCCAUGGAGAGUCUGGUUGUCACGAGGGGGGUGAUGUUAGGGAGGAGAAUAAACGGCGCUUUGAGAAAUUUCUGCACGGGGGGAGCUCCCUGUGGGUGGACGAGCUGGACGGCAUGUUUGACGAGGUGAAGGGGCCACCCCCCAGGGAGAUAUGCAGCCAAGAGGAGCCAACCUCUAACGAGGCACACCGCGAGGGGGGAGAAGCAGCGGCGAACGAGGCGCCCCAUGCUGACGGGAACGGGAGCGGCACUGACAACGGACGUGACAGCAGCAAUGAAAGCAGCCGCGACAGCAGCCGCGACAGUGACAACCACCCUGCGACGGGAAGAAGCAAAACGAUCGUGCGAAAGAAUAACUUCCUAACGUUUAAAAGAGACAGAAUCGAAAUUUCCAGCGAGUUCCUAAACAGCUUAAUGGAAAAAGUAUACAACUGCGCAUCGGCCAUUUUGCAAAAAAAAAGUACCUCCAGGAAGCGAUCUUUGAUGAUACCCUCUACAUGA